AUGGCCGGCGUGCAGCAGGGCGAGAAGCAGCUCUUUGAGAAGUUCUGGAGAGGCACCUUCAAAGCCGUGGCCACGCCGCGACCCGAGAGCAUCAUCGUGGCCAGCAUCACCGCCCGCAAGCCGCUGCCCAGUGGGACGCUCAGCUGCCUGCCGUACCCUGCGGAGGACAGACGGCCCGAGAAGCUGAGCAGCUGCGUGGUCAGGGAGCCUGCCAGCACCAAUGGCUGUGCCAAGGGGAGGGACAGACGAGACCAUGCCCACCGCAGGUCACGCAGCCCUUCAUGCGAUGGGGAGCGGCCACUGCCAGCUCGGGGGAAGAAGAAGAAAAAGAAAUCUGGCCGCAAGAAGAGAAGGAGGUCUCCCUCCUACAGUCCUUCACCUGUGAAGAAGAAGAAGAAGAAGAGCUCCAAGAAGCGAAAAAGAAACAGGUUGUCAUCAAAGAAGAGAAGGCACAGUUCUUCAAGCCCCAAAAGUAAGAGAAAGGAAGAAAGAAAACACAAAAAACACUCUCGUGGGCGCACCCGGAAAUCCCAUCGGCAUCGCCGCUGCCACUCUCGCUCAGAGAGCUCCGACUCCCACUCCCCCAGCUGCCGGAGCAGGCACAGAGCCAGGUCUCGGGAGGAAGGGCGUAAAACACGGCAAAGGCGCUCCUGGCACCAUUCAAAGAUCACGGCAAAGAGAAGCUCCUCUGCAGAGGUUCAGGCCAGUCAAAAAGCCAGCCCAGCCCUCCCACUCUACAGCUUCCUGUCUUCUAAGGAAGUAAUCUCUCAGUCAGGGUCUUCUGCUGACCUCUUUACCAAAACAGACAGCCCGCCUGGCAACCUAGCCAGCCAGAAUGGAGAGUAUCAUGAAUAUGACUCAGGAAACGAUACUUCCUCCCCUCCCUCCACUCAAACGAGCUCAUCCAGGUCAAAGGACAGCCAGGAGAAAAGAAGUCUAGUCCAUGAUGGCUUUGGCCAUGCCUUCUCGUCCGGGAAGCCCAAACUGGCCAACAGCGAUAACAGCUCUGAUUCAGGAAAUUCCUUCACCAGUUGCUUUUCCCAGACCAAGGGAACAGCUUUGGAAAAUCUGUCUCCAGAUGCCCAGGGACAAGACCGAAGAGCGUGCCUACCCUCAUGUCUCGGUUCCUCAGAGGAGAAGAAGCGAAUCUUCCUCCCCUCGGCAGCGUCCAGCUCCCCGGCCAGGCCUGGCUCCCGCAGCGAGUCCUGCAGCAGCACGGGCCGAUCCUCCCCCGGCUCCAGCCGCUCCCGCUCCUCGCACCGCAAGGCCUCGCCCAGGUCCUCCCGAAGCAGGUCCUGCUCCUCGGGAAAGAGGUCUUCCUCACGUUCCCCCAGCUAUUCCUCCAAAUCCUGCAAAAAAAGUCCUGGGAGUAGAAGUUCAAGGCCUCGCCGGAGCCCCAGUUACUCCCGCUACAGCCGUAGCAGGGACCGCGAGCGGGAGCACAAGUACGGCUCCAGCGAGAAGGAGUCGCAGCGGGAGCGGCAGCGGCGGCGCCGCUCCUAUUCCCCCCUGAGGAAACGCCGGAGAGACUCCCCCAGCCACCUCGAAGCUCGGCGCAUCACAAGUGCCCGCAAACGCCCCAUCCCCUACUACCGCCCCAGCCCCUCCUCCUCCAGCAGCGCCGGCAGCUAUUCCUCCUGGUACAGCAGCUUCAGCCGCUCCCCGAGCCGCAGCCGCAGCUACUCCAGCUACCGGACGAGCCGGAGCCGAAGCUGGAGCAGCAGCCGGAGCUCGGGCCCCAGGAGCAGCCGCAGCAGGAGCAGGAGCUAUGACUCAGGAGCCAGCUCCGACAGCCUGCGUCGUUAG